AUAAGACCAAGGGCAGAGCUAGACAGGGUCUGUGUAUCCUGGUCUCCUCAUCUUUGGAUGCCAAGAUCACUGAGCUCCUUGUCAGUGAUCCUACUCUGCUGACUUUGAUUCUAGACGUGAGGUCCACACAGCUAACUUUACUUUUAGUUAAUAUUUAUUUCCCUCCAAUGACUCGUAGGGAGGAUGCUGUGUCAAAUUGGCUUAAAAUUGAAUGCCACUACGCACACUGGAAGGCCAAAUUCACCCACUCGCUACCAAUAAUUGCAGGUGACUUUAACACAAGGAGGGGAACUUAUUUGGUGGAUGCUCCUACGUCUGACUCGUUUUUCCCUGCUAAUAGGGGUGAUUUAAAGUGCAAGCUACGCCACUCUAAAGAUACUUUUUAAAACUCUGGAGUAGGUUUGCUCCAGUUUGUUUUUAAAAAUGAUUUGUGUAUUUUAAAUGGCUCCAGCCCAGGUGAUGAAUGGGGGGAGUUUACCUACGUCUCCCCUCGGGGCUCGAGUGUGGUCGAUUACAUUAUUACUCAUAAGACACUGAAAACCUUGGGCCACACUCUCAGAGUAGCGAAUCGCCCUGAUAGUGACCACCUGCUGCUUGAAUGAUCUUUUUUUAUCCCUGGUGUACUACAGCUGAAUAUACCACAGCAUGCACUUUCCAGAUUGCCUUUAGUAGCCAGCAUUAAUAAGAUAAAGUGGUCUAAUAAAACAGAACGGGAUUUUAACAGUUUUAUUCUUUCCCCCUGUACAAUGGAAGCCCUACAGUAAAUAACCACAGUUAACUCACCAAGUAAGGGGAUAAAGAUUUACGAGGACAUGAUAAAGGAUAUGAACAUCACACUCCAAACAUCUACCAACCCUUCAAAAGUUCUGGUUGAAAAAACUAACAAGUGGUUCGAUAAAGAAUGCCUUGAUCUCAGGAAAAGAAUUUGAUCUGCCUACCGUUGCUAUCGAUUAAACAAUGAACGACAACUUCCGCACUCAUAUUAUGUGCUAAGGAAAGAGUAUAAGAAGCUCAUCUGUAAGAAGAAAAACGAGGCAAUUAGGGAAUCAUGGCAAAUGCUAACAGCAGCAUCUAUGACCCACAGCACCAAGUCCUUCUGGAAACUUGUCUCUGGAGCCCUGGUUAAUUAUAAUGGUAGCCCAGAUUGUCACAUUCCAGCUAACAUCUGGGAGGACCACUUUCGUGUUGUUUUUAACGAUCCAAAAUAUCAAACCCUAGUCUUUCACCUUUAGUCUUUCCGGACACUCCUGCCUGGCCCUCCGUUGAUAUUAACACCAUUGAGGAACUAAUAUUUCAGCUAAAAACAGGUAAGGGUCCCAGACCAGACGGAGUCCCUUCGGAGCUGUUGCUAUGUAAUAUCAGCUGGUGGGCCCCCUUGCUGGCUUCCCUCUCCACCUUAAUCAACAACUCGGGAAUCAUACCUACAAUCUGGCUGAAAGCUUAUAUUGUUCCUACUUACAAGAAUGGCUCUAAGAAUUACCCGAGCAACUACCGCCCAAGAAGUUUACUGUCUAUUGUUGGAAAAGUGUAUGCCAGCUAUUUAAGUUCGAAGCUAAAUCUGUGAUAAAUGACAAUAACAUCCUGGGGGAAGAACAGAUAGGCUUCAAAUCGGGAUGCUCCACCCUUGAUCACUGCCUGGUACUGGCCCAUUUAGUGCAAAAAUACUCCAAACCACGAGGCGGCAAACUUUUCACAGCCUUUAUAGACUUGAAACCAGCCUUCGAUUCCAUCCUUCGUGAUCGUCUUUGGAGCAAGCUAGAUUCGCUGCUCAUAGAGAAGAGACUUUUGUUUCUGAUUCAUGCACUGUAUUAUAAUACCUCUAUACAAGUACGUUGCAGCUAUCGAGGCCAUCUCUCGAGAGAGAUCCACUCCUCCAAAGGUGUCAGGCAGGGGUGUGUUCUUGCCCCCACCUUAUUUAAUUUAUACUUGGCUGACCUCCUUCCUGCUAUGAGAAUGUUACAAUCCCAUCCACUCAAGCUUGGGCCUACCAAAGUAUCCAUCCUGCUGUACGCAGAUGAUGCGGUCUUAAUCUCCCAAACCCAGUUGGGUCUCAAAAGAUUAUUAAAUGGUUUUGUGGAAUACUGCGAAGCCAACCAUCUCAUAAUCAAUCAUUCUAAAUCCAAUGUAAUAGUUUUCUCCAGGAGGAAGGCCAGAUUCUCCUGGUCUAUGGGAUCUGCCUGAAUUGAACAAGUUAACACUUAUAAGUACUUGGGGAUCUGGUUUCAAGAAACGGCCACUUGGAGAACCCAAGCUAAAUAUGUUAAGGCCAAGGCUGAGAAAAAUCUGGGUGCACUGACCCGAUUCUUUUUCACUAAGAGCGGGAAAUUUGUGCCAGCUGUACCCCGUGUUUUAAAAAUUAAAAUAGUCCUGAGGAUACUCUAUGGGGCCCCAAUUUGGUACCCCUUUUUCAAAGGAUCACUGGAAGGAAUCUAUGCCUCCUUUCUUAGAUCUAUUUUUGGCGCCCCUAGAUGUGUCGCUGGAGCCACCCUUGCUUUGGAGGCUGGCCUUAACUCCAUAAACUGUCUAGCUUGGACAAAUGUCAUCCAAUUCUGGUUACGGUGCUGUCUCAUACCCUCUCAAGAUUCAUUCACUUAUCAGAUGAUGAGAGAUCCUAUUAAGUCAUCCUGGACCAAGAUUGUCCAGGACAAAGUUGCCUUGGUGGGUUUCUCAUACGCUGAGUUGCUUUCUAUGGAGCUUGGCAGGGCCAAGGCGAUUGUCAAACAACGGCUAGCUGAUAUAGACAAUCAAGAGCCCCUGGCAGCUGCUUCAGGCUCUCCCCGCUCAUUGGGACGCUCAGGACUCCCCUGCAAAGACAGGAUGAAGUAUCUAAGUUGGCUGUCUGUACCCAACUACAGAAGGGCAUUUUCCUUGGCCCGAUUCAAUGCCCUACCUUCUGAACUUUUGCAGGGCAGAUAUGAAAAAAUCCCGAGAAAUCUCAGAUACUGUCCAUGUGACAAGAUUGAAGUAGAGUUUGUCUCGCAUGUCCUAUUUAACCAUAGGUACUACGAUGGGGCUAGAAAAGAUCUUUUAAACCCCAUCCUGAAAUCCUUCCCGGGCCGUUCCCUGGAGGCUCUUUUGUUUGUCCUCUUAGAGGGCGCUGAAAAAUCACAGUUCAAGUUUCUAAAUUCUUGAACCUAGCCAUAAUCAGCAGACCAUGUAUGGUUGCUCUGCAAAAUUAAAUUAAUUAAUUAAAGUAACAAAAGAGCCAGAAUACUAUAGUAAGCCCCAGCUUGGAGCCUAUAAGGGUUUUGGUUAAUGCACCAAAACGCUACGCCCUUCUCUAGUCAUUUCCUCUUUUGUAUAGUCCUGAUUAAGAUACCUGUUUUAAUUAUAUUUACAUAACUCUGGUUAUGACUUUGUUUGUAUGUAUGUUCUAAUGUUUUGUAUUCGACCUUUGCUUGUAAUGGUCUUUGGACUAACCAAUACAUGUCUCUACAACCCUCUAAAUUUGUGUAAACUGAGAGAGAAAAAACAGACCCAUUUUGGACUUUUUUCUGACAGAGAUCUCAUAAUUUGUUGAAAUUAAUUAAAAAUCAGCCAUGUUCACAGAGUACCUAAAAUCCUAUUACUGACCUUGCCCCAUACUCUAACCUUUAUCUUCUGCAGCUUAAAAGUUUAAAAAAAUGCCUGGCUGAUUUUUAAUUACUUUAAGAAAUUUAGCAUUGAACUCAGUGAUAAGGCGGUCAUUACUGGUUUCUGCUAGUAGUAUGGUAUCGUCUGCAUAUAUUAAAUUAUUAAUAUUUCUCCCUCCAAUGUUCACACCUCCAUCUUGGUCCAAUCCGGCUUUCUGUAUAUGUUCUGCAUAUAGAUUAAAUAAAUAGGGUGACAAAAUACAUCCCUGUCUCACACCCGAUGGGGAAUCAACCAGUUUUUCUAUAUUCUCAGUAGCCUCUUGUCCAGAGUAUAGGUUGCGCAUCAGGACAAGCAGAUGCUGUAGCACCCCCAUUUCUUUUAAAGCAUUCCAUAGUUUUUCAUUAUCUACACAGCCAAAGGCUUUGCUGUAAUCUAUAAAGCACAGGGUGAUUUCCUUCUGAAAUUCCUUGGCCCGUUCCAUUAUCCAAUGUAUGUUUGCAAUAUGAUUUCUGGUGUCUCUUCCCUUUCUAAAUCCAGCUUGGGCAUCUGGCAUUUCUCACUCCAUAUAUGGUAAGAGCCUUUCUUGUAGAAUCUUGAGCAUUACUUUACAGUACUUGCAUGCGAUAUUAAGGCAAUAGUUUUAUAAUUACUGCAUUCCCUGGGAUCCCCUUUCUUUGGAACUGGGAUGUAUAUUGAACACUUCCAGUCUGUGGGCUAUUGUUUAGUUUUCCAUAUUUCUUGACAGAUUUUAGUAACACAGAAAAGAAGCAAAGUAAGAAGAACACCAACAAACAUAAAAAAAUGUGAUUCUCCAGCUUUGGAGAUGGCAGGUGUUGCCAUCACUCACCAUAUGCUCAGAGGCAAACUCUUCCAAGCUACACAGGAAGUAGAUUGGCCUGUGAAAGACCAACCCAAAGUGUUUGCAUUUUUUACAAAUCUGUAGGGCAGUAUAAUACCUCAGAGAGGAGGUCAGGUCUCCUGCGCCCCUGGUGCAUUCUUUAUAGCUGCCCAAUUUCCCUGCUUUUAAAAGUUUGAUAGAAAUAACUGUUGGCUAUAGGUACAUUCUUAAACCGCAAGGUUUUUUGUCUAUUAGUGAAUUUUUAUACUGCUUAAUCACAAAUGCAAAGCGGUUUACAUAAAAUAUAAAAUAUGCAUUAAAGUUACCCAUAAAAUCAGAUGUGAAAAACAAGUUAGCCUAAACAUUUUCAAAAUAAAACAAGCAGUUUAGCUUAUACAUACAUUUUAGAACACGUAUUAAAAUACAUAUCAUAUUUACAUGUUUGGGUAGGCUUGCCUAAACACACACACACACACACACACACACACACACGUCUUCAGCAGGCUCCAAAAACACCACAGGGAAGGCGCUGGUCUAUCAAUUGCCUGGAAAGACGGCGGGUUGUAUUCCAGCGCUCACAGUAAAGCCACUGAAGUCAAUGAACGUCACUAACGAUGGUUGAACCCACAGCUGGUCACGACUGAGAGAGAGAGAGUUGCUGCUUCUUGAAGUUUUCUGUUCUGUCCUGCUUAGUGCUCUUGGAAAGUGGACCUAACCCUUCUGUCCCCUGGAGAGCUGUUAGUCUUUGUGGCCAUGGGGCCUGGCCUUUUAAUUGCAUCUCUGUUGCAUGCGUGCAUCUUGCUACAUGAGGUGGAUUCUCUGAACUUCUCUAAGAACCCUGAGAAACAGAAGGCGGAGCACACACUCCUGAUUAAUGAGGUUAAUGCAGAUAAUCCGGGAGAAGACAUCUUGGAGUAUGUGGAAUUGUAUCACACAAGCGGCCAGCGGACCCCUUUGGAUGGCUACUCUAUAGUCUUUUACAAUGGCAAUGGCAACACAGCCUACAGAGUCAAGGAUCUUGCUGGCUUUUCCACCGAUAACCAAGGGUUCUUCCUCAUGGGGUCCUCCAUGGUCAUCCCAAAGCCAUCGGUGAUCCUGCCCAAGAACACAAUCCAGAACGGACCAGAUGCUAUUGCCCUCUAUUUUGGGAGGAGGGAGCUAUACGAGGGCAUGCCCAUCACUAACGAAAGGCUAGUGGAUGCUUUGGUUCAUAAGUCUAAGAUGAAUGACAAAGCUGAUGAGUUGGUCCGUAUUCUGACCCCGGAUGUGGAGCCUUUCUUGGAGGACCCUCUCUUCAGGACCACAGAUGAGUCGCUGGAGAGAUGUCAAGAGGCGGAUUCUCAGUGGUUCUUCCAAGUGUCCAUGCCUACCCCUGGCUUAGAUAACCACUGCAUCCCUUUUUCACAGCUGAAUGCAUCAAUCAUGUUGAUCAACGAGGUUAACCUUGCAUCGUCCCCCGGAGAAUUUGAGUUCGUUGAGCUGCAAGGCCCUCCUUCUACCAAUGUGAAGGACCUGGUGCUGGUGUUGAUUGAGGGGAGUACCCAAGAGAUUUACUUUGUCAUGGAGGUGCAUGGCAAGACGUCUCCUGACGGGUUGCUUCUCCUUGGCCCAGCCCAGUCCAACACCUCAGUGGACCUGCCAUUCCCCCAGAACACCAGCAGGCCCCUCCUCCGGGCAGGUGCCAAUGCUGUUGCCCUCUACAGAGGGACCCCUGCCUGCUUUGCCUUGGGGGCGGCUGCCUCAGCAACAAACCUUCUGGAUGCCUUGGUGUACACAACAGCUGAAGGCACUGAUUUGAAACUGCAGGAUAUCCUGACCCCGGGGAGACCCCUCUUCUGCGCAAGAGAGCGAUCCCAGCAAAAUGCCACGUCUGUGAGCCGCUGUGGCUGCUGCUCCAUUGCCCGGGAUCCUUCUACUUACGCUCUCGGCCUGCCCACACCGCGGCAAUUCAAUGACUGCCCUAAGCGGCGUUUUGGCCGAAGAAUUUCCUUGUGCCUCCAAGUCACAGAUUGUCAGCAAGAGUCCCUGGAGAAAACUAAAAUACUUACAGUGUUGUCCCAGGCCCUUGAUGAACGAUGCAACUGCGGAAUGUCUCCUGCUUAUUUCAAAGAUCCUGCUGCAGCCUGCCAGGGCCCAGAACUGGUUUUCACUGCUCUCCUGACUGCCAGGUCGGCAGAACAGCUCAACAGCCAGCUGAAGGCCUUCUCGGUUUUCCUUGAGAGCAAGGAGGUGUUACGCUUUGGAAAAUGGAACGGCACAGUGGCAAAGGCGUGCGUGAGAGAUGCUAAUGUGACAGAAAGGCCUCCAGAGGCAACGUCAGAAACUCUAAGAACAACCCAAGCAACCUCCCAGAUAGAACUGCUUAUCAACGAAGUGAACCCAGAUAAUCCUGGCGCACGAGAGGAUACUGAAUACAUUGAGCUCUUCUACCCUGGAAAAGCACCGUUUGUUCUCCGGGGCUACUGGCUAGUCCUCUACAAUGGCAAGAACAACUUGGCUUACAGCGUGUUGAACCUGACAGGCUACAGUACCGACGAGCGGGGUUUCUUCCUGGUGGGUAAUUCUGGGGUGAUCCCCAAGCCCUUGAUUGUUCUGCCCAACAAUACCAUCCAGAACGGAGCGGACGCUGUGGCCCUCUACCACAGUAGCCCCGAGGUCACCUACAAAAUGCACAUGCCCGUAACCGCCGUGGGGCUGGUGGAUGCCCUAGUGUACAAGGCCCGAGGCUCAGACAAAGCUGACAAGCUGCUCGCCGUCCUCACCCCAGGCCAGAGCCUCCUGCACGAAGACUAUUCUCACAGCAACCAAGACGAAUCUCUCAGCCGUUGUCACAGCCUGAGGCCAAGAGACCAUAGCAGCUUCCAGGUGACAGAAAUCACUCCUUUCCAGGAAAAUAUUUGUUCCCCUCAUGGUACGAAUUCCACACAGGAAACGCCCCUGAACUAUUCUGUCGUAAUCAAUGAACUGGGCAUGGCCAGCCGCACCCUUCUGUACCAGUUCAUUGAACUGAAAGGGAAUCCUGGUUUCAGCUUGAAAGGAUACACUUUGAUGUUCUUUUCCGGGCAUGAUGACAAGCCCUACGGCAGUCUGCAGCUUCAGGGCACAUUUGGAAGCAAUGGUUUAUUUGUUAUCUUGCCAGAAGGACAGUCCAAGACCAGCAAGGCUCACGAGCAACAGGUGAUGCCCUCUCUUUGGAGCGAUCCCUCCUUGCAACAGGAGAUCCAUUCUGUCUCAGUGUUCAGGCACAUACCGCAGGUUGCUAAUGGCACUACUACCGUGGAGCAUCUCGAAGAUGUUGCAGUUUAUACCUGGGAGGCCAGUGCAAGCAGAGGUCAUCCUGGUCUAUCUGGACCAGUCCAUUUUGUAUCUAGGAAAGGAGAGAGCAGAGCCCUGUCCUGGAGCCGCUGCCCAUCCUGCAGCGAAACCUAUGCGGUCUCAGACCCCACACCUGGCUUGGAAAAUUGUUGCCCUCGGGAAUCUCUCUCUCUGGAUCUGGGAAUCUGCCUGCUGACCCCCAAUUGCUCCAUGUGGCCUCAAAACCCACUGAUGCUGGCGAGUCUCCAACAAGCGCUAGUGAGAUCCAUGGAGGAGAGCUGUUUCUGUGGCAUCUCACCGUGCUAUCUGCAUGGUGUUAAUUUCACCUGCCUUAAUUCCAUCCUGAAAGUCUCUGGCCAGGUGUGGGCCAGGUCACCCAGACAGCUGCAGCUGCUCAUUCAAUGGCAUUCUAACUUCUCUGCAAGUCCCCACCCAUUUCCUGUGGACGGGAGAAUGCUCAAACCUAAUGCUGCAUGUUCAACUCCAGGAAACCCAGCGCCAAGGUCGGAAGCUUCAUUUCAAGCCUGGGAGAUUGCACUCAUCGUCGUGGGGUCCAUCUUGCUGGUGCUGCUGUUAACUGGUGCCACUUUUUAUUGCAUCAAAAGACGACCUCAGAAUUACACUACCAUUGAGAUGAAUGACCACUGUGAGAUUAUGGAAGACAUUUGACUCUCCAGGAACAGUCCUAACCAGGAAAAUGCUAUUUCUGGAACUGUUGGGGAUCAGGGGGAAAAACCCCCUGGAAAGUAGCUGUUCUGGCUGCUUGGCGUUUGCACAAAUGAACCAAGAAUGUAGUGUUGGACAUUUGAAACCCCCCUGAUUUAUUUGCUUCCCAUCUUUACUAGGGGGCGUACGAAACCGGGGCCCUUGUUUCUAGGGCAUCUUCUGAUUUUGUCUACCUGGGUAUCUGGGAAGAUUAGAGUGUUGGGGUAGAUGUCCUUGAGUUUUGUUUUGUUCCAAACAGCUUUUGUGUAUGCUAUAUUCUCCUGUAAUUGUUAUAAUUCUCUUGCGGUGGUGGCUGGUGCCCAUUGGGACAGGUGGGGCAGAGGGAAGGGAGGCCCGAGCAGUAGGUGGAGCCAAAGCCAAUGACAGGCAGCACCAACUCAUUCCAGUUUUGUCCCCAUCUUCCUCCUCCCUGCUGAGUUCUGCAAGGACAAGAAUGAAACUGAAGAGGAGGAAGCUGCUAGCCAGUGCCACACCCUACACAUGUUGGAAGUAGGAAGGGCAGGGGAGGGGGCAGACUGAGGUUGGUGGGGCAGUGUCCCAUUUACCCUAAUGGAUCAGCCUCUCUUAAAGAAGAAACCAAAGCAAUUGCUGUUAUACUUUGGGAAAGGGCCACAGCACAGUUGCAGAGUACUUAAGGUUGCAUGCAGGGCAGCUCAGGUUCAGUUCCAGGCUUCUCCAGUUUUUUAAAAAAAUCAUAUAGUAGGCAAUAGGAAAGACCUCUGUCUGAUCUCCUUACAGCAAUAGCCAUCAGCUCGGGUGGCUUUAAAAGAAGACUAGACAAAUUCCUGGAGGGUAAGACUUAUCAAUAGCUAUGUUCUUCCUCUCAGUUGCUGGGGAUUGCAGGUGGGGAGAGCACUGUUGCACUCAGGUCCUGCUUGUGGACUUCCCAUUAGGGCAUCUGGCUGGCCACCACGAGAACAGGAUGCUGGACUAGAUGGGCCCCCCUUUGGCCUCAUCCAGACAGGGCAGUUCUUAGCAGAUCCACAAGAGGUGCUACCAGGCUAGACAAUAUUGUGCUAGAUGGACCAGUGAUCUGAUAUCAUGCUUUUUCGUCUGUUCCUAAUCGAUGGAUGGUACUAGCCAUCCCAUCUACUGCUGCUGGCAAUGAGUUCUGCAAGUUAAAUCAUGCACUGCUGGACAGAAGUAUUUUUGGAAGGAGGAACUUAAAGCCUAGUGGCAGAGCAUCCGUUUUGCUUGUAGAAGAUCCAGCUCAAAGAACUGAGGAACAGCAAAGACUUUUUUUCUUCCUGAGAUCUUGGAGAGGUGCUACCGCUUAGAGUAGGCAGUAUCAGGCUAGACAGGGCCAAAGGGCCGGGCCUGAUAUUCAGGCAGCUUCCUGGGUCCUGUUAUUGUGGUGGGCUGGGGUGGAUGGUUUGACUUGCUGAGCUAGUUAUAUUUAAAGUCUCUUCUGCUGUUACAAGGAUUACUGAGCUAAUGUAUGAAACACAUGGACUACUUGAAAUACUGUUAUAUAUUAGCCACAGGGGAGUGAUGAUAUGACAUGCCUCUGUUUUGAUCACCUACUGCCCUCUGCUGCUCAUCCCCCACUAUAGAUCCUGAUUUUUAUUUUGCUGCAGAAAAAUCUGAGUUCAGGCCUGCAGGGCCUUCUCGUUUCUUUGCUAGAACCCUCUGAUCUCCCAGCCAGAACUUGGUGGAAAAGACACUUCAAAUAAAAUAAUACAGCCCUUCCACACAUACAAAUACUUUCUUCAUUGCAGCAGUAUAAUAUAGGGGAGUUGUUUUGCUGCUGCCGUUGUUAAAUAAUCUGGAUGUCAGACAUCUUUGUUGAGCUACCUUCUGUGCUUUGUCUGCUCUGAUUGCAAAAUGGGAACGCCUCCCAUCUGAAACCUUGGAGAGCUGCUGCCAGUCAGUAUCGACAAUACUGAGCUAGGUGCUCUGACACUGUAUAAGGCAGCUUAUGUUCCUGCCCCUGUUCUGCCAGCCUCUUUUGCUGCCACAGAAGACAACACUUACUGAUUGAAGCUACGGCAUGUAGAAUACCCAGAUCCAGUCCCAGGGCUGUCUCCACUGUUUGUCCUAUUCAGAGCAGACCUACUGAAAUUGAUGGACAUGACUAACUUAGGUCCAUUCAUCUCAGUGCAUCUACCCUGAGUAGGAUGUAGUUGGAUACAAUCUUAUAUUGCAACUAGGCUGCCUUUUGCAAACUUUAAAUCUCCUUUUCAAUUCAUUUAAAACUGAAGGUAAGGAAAGGAAGACUGAACAAAAUCAAUGCUCUGACAGGCACAGAUGCUUUCACCACAGUCCAUUUACUUUGCCAAGGCACACUUCUGACCAUCUCGCAGCACACAAGAGGUCCCUUCCCUGUAGUCCGGGAAUCAUUUACACACCAUUGUCUAGGUGUUGUUGGCUCUCCUGCUGACACGUUGCCCCAUCUAUAUAUGAGAAUGGUGAAGGCUUUAUAUGGACAACUGACAUAAUUAUUUAUAAAGCAUCUUCAAAAUCUAGGUGCUGUACCAAACCUAAAUCUUCAUGUCUCAUUCCCUGCCACCCUGAUUUAGUUAUGCACGUUGAGAAGUCAGCAAAGGCUGCAGGUUAAGUUAUUCUGGUGUAGCAGGGACUCAGAUUCCUGGAGGUUGUUUCAGCAUCCAGCGCAGGCAGGCAGCAGCUUGGGCACAGGUGCCAGCAGGAGGAAGAUCACUCCACCUAGUAAGCAGCUGUGGACCACUAAAACAGCUUAAUCAUUAUCCCCACUGCCACUCCCCUACUCCUUGGUCAGAUAAGUUCCAUCUUGAACUGGCUGAAACUUGGCAAAGGCGGUGAGGGGUCUGCCAUGUUGCUGUAAGGGGUACAGGGGGCACUGGCAGGUACCGCGUUGUGGCCGACAGUGGAGCUCAACUGCUGCAGUGUCACAAGGAGCUCCUGCUGCAAGCGCUGCUGCUGUUCCUGUUGGCGCUCCAGCCGGCCCUGGCGCUCCAACACCAGAUGCACAGCUUGAGCAAGCUUCUGGACCUCAGCGUGCACUGUAUCCAGUUUCUCUGCAAGCGGCUGAGGGCUAGCAGGGGGAACCAAGGAGGCAGCCAUCUGACCUCCCCACUGAGCGUUCUGAUGGAUUGUAGAGCAGGUGAGGUUAAGGAUAGAAGUCUGAGUACUGGCAUCUUUAGUCUGGGGGGGAAAAACCCAAGAAGAAACAUCAGAGGAUCAUUGGAGGCAGUUAUUCUCUUCUCCAUGCAUAGAUUCUAGCUUGGGGGUCAUCAAUAUGGUCCCAGAAGGUGCCAAUGUGCCUGCCAAUAUCUCCUCCUGUGGUGCUUGCAAAAGGCAUUAGUAAAUAACUCCUCAAAAUCCACCAAAGGCUGUUUGCUCUUCCUCCUCAGUUUUUGCUUGCGCUGGCUUAGCUUCAGCAAGGAUGCCCACAUUUCAUUGGAUGCUUACCCCCCCAUUCCCUUCUGAAGAAAGGAGAGGUGCAGAGAGCUUUCCUCUGAGUGUGGCAGUGGCUAAUGUAGGUGCCUUUCCCCCCAUUGAUGGGGGGGCACGCUACACCAUUUGGUGGCCCCAUCUCUUUUUCUGCUCUUAGAUGCAGCAACAAAUAUCCCAUGCCCGUUUUGUGACUGGCACCCGCUGCACUUUCUCAACAUUCCAAAUAGGCCCCCUGCAAAGGAUGGCAACCCCUGCUCCAGCUGUUUUACAACCGUGGGAAUCCCGUUACCCUGCUCUCCUGGGUCCUAGUCCAACACUCCAACUGCUACACAACACUGGCUCUCUUGCUUCAGGCUCUGUUGUGGGUCAGCGUGAGCAAUGGCUGGUUUCUGAAUCUGUGGCAGAAGGUGGCUUCCAGUAAACAGAAGAAAGCAUUUUUUCCCCUUGCCCCCUCAACUCAUGCAUACAGACAACCCAUACGCUCUCUCACAAACGCGCAAAAAAACAACCUUCCCUUUACCUGGGAUGUUUUUCACUGAAAGGUAUCAGUGUCAAGGCAUGCAAAUCCUGCAUCACUUACAUGCGCACAGCAGCCAGAAGACGCAGCCAGGGCAGGAGUCAUCCCCCGGGAAGAGUGACCGCUUGGUUGAACCCUCGGCAUGACAGGCAAGCUGGGAGGAGGACCAGAUGGAUUCUGCCCGUUCUGAACAUUUGCCUAAUGGACGAGGGAGAAGGAUCAGGGCCAGCAUAAACAUUGCACCUCCAGAGCAAAGCACACAUGAGGAACCUUUUUCCAAUUCAAGGGCCACAUCCCCUCAUGGGAAAAGUGGGGAGGGCAAAAGAUGCUUGUACAGUAUGUUACAUGUCAGCCAUGCAAAAGAUGUAGCCAACUUAGAGUAGGCCCACUGAACUUAAUAGACAUGGCUAACUUAGACAUAUUCAUUUUAAUGGGUCUACUCCAAGUAAAACUUAGCUGCAUGCAACCCAGAGGUGUUUAUGCUCAUACCCCACAUCUCUCCAUCCUCCAUCCAGACAGGCAAGAGACAUUCUCCGAGUUCAAGGACACAUAAAACACCAGAAGACAGUGGGGAGCAGUCUGAUGAGGGCUGUGUGGCUUAGGAGAGGGUGCAGUCGGGGGGGGGAAUCUGAUUUUUUAAACUUACUUAUAUUCCUUAACUCGUUUUUGGUUGCAGAACUGGCUAUUCAUAACUUUUACUUGUAAUAAAGAGUCCUGAUUUAUUUUUGCACACA